GACAGAAUUACAUCCCAUAUGUAGCAUAUCUCAGGUAAAGCAGGACUUUGAGGAGAAGCCUGGCAAAAUACUACAGAGAAGGUCUGCAGCUGAAGAUGACAUUUCCAACUACGGCAUAGGAUUUGACCCGGCAGAGAAUGAAUUUGACUACGGUUUAUGCAACGAAGUAGUUAAUGUAGCCUGCUCUCCUAAACCUGAUGCUUUCAACCCAUGUGAAGACAUCAUGGGAUACAACAUUCUGAGAGUCCUGAUAUGGUUCAUCAACAUUUUAGCUAUUACCGGGAACACCGUUGUCCUCAUUAUUUUAAUAAGCAGUCAAUACAAACUCACCGUUCCCCGCUUUCUCAUGUGCAACCUUGCCUUUGCCGACCUCUGCAUAGGGAUCUACCUGCUGUUCAUUGCCUCUGUAGACAUCCAGACCCAAAGCCAGUACUACAACUACGCCAUAGAGUGGCAGACAGGGGCAGGCUGCAACGCUGCGGGGUUCUUCACGGUGUUCGCCAGCGAGCUGUCGGUGUACACGCUGACGGUGAUCACGCUGGAGCGCUGGCACACCAUCACCUACGCCAUGCAGCUGGACCGCAAGCUGCGGCUGCGGCACGCCGUGCCCAUC